AUGGAGCCUCUGUUCCCGGCCCCCACGCCGGUCAGCUGGAGCCCCUCCCCAGCGGUCACCAGCGCAGCUGGCGAGAACGGGACGCUGGCGGGGCCGUCGCCGUCGCCGGGGGCCCGCGCGGUGGUGGUGCCUGUGCUGUACCUGCUGGUGUGCGCGGCGGGGCUGGGCGGGAACACCCUGGUCAUCUACGUGGUGCUGCGCCACGCCAAGAUGAAGACAGUCACCAACAUCUACAUCCUGAACCUGGCCGUGGCUGAUGUGCUGCUCAUGCUGGGGCUGCCCUUCCUGGCCACGCAGAACGCCGUGUCCUACUGGCCCUUCGGCCCCGUCCUGUGCCGGCUGGUCAUGACGCUGGACGGCAUCAACCAGUUCACCAGCAUCUUCUGCCUGACCGUCAUGAGCGUGGACCGCUACCUGGCCAUCGUGCACCCCAUCCGCUCCGCCCGCUGGCGCCGUCCCCGGGUGGCCAAGCUGGCCAGCGCCGCGGUCUGGGCCUUCUCGCUGCUCAUGUCCCUGCCGCUGGUGGUGUUCGCGGACAUCCAGGAGGGCUGGGACACCUGUAACCUCAGCUGGCCGGAGCCCGUGGGCCUGUGGGGCGCCGUGUUCAUCAUCUACACGUCGGUGCUGGGCUUCUUCGGGCCCCUGCUGGUCAUCUGCCUGUGCUACCUGCUCAUCGUGGUCAAGGUGAAGGCGUCGGGCGUGCGCGUGGGCGCCCCACGGCGGCGCUCGGAGCGCAAGGUGACCCGCAUGGUGGUGGUGGUGGUGCUGGUAUUCGUGGGCUGCUGGCUGCCCUUCUUCGUGGUCAACAUCGUCAACCUGGCCUUUGUCCUGCCCGAGGAGCCCGUCGCCGCAGGCGCCUACUUCUUCGUGGUCGUCCUGUCCUACGCCAAUAGCUGUGCCAACCCCGUGCUCUAUGGCUUCCUCUCCGACAACUUCCGCCAGAGCUUCCGGAAGGUUCUGUGCCUCCGCAAGGGCUCCGGUGCCGAGGACGCCGAUGCCAUGGAGCCCCAGCCCGACAAGAGCGGCCGGCUGCAGGAGGCCACACCGCCCGCGUGCGGCUCCGAAGCCAAUGGGCUCAUGCAGACCAGCCGGCUGUGA